GCCAACUCCUCGACAGUUCAACCUGGUUGACUGGCGUGAUACUCCGAGACCGAGUCCGAACUCCGAGACUCAGGCUGCCUGGCACUGGCAGCGAGUCCAUCAGUGUCCUACAAGUGGUUGUACGUCCAGGUUGUCUCGCAUCGCUGCUCCUCUCCGUCGUGACUGAGUCUACGAAUUUCACUAGAAUAGUUGAGCUUAAUUUACGUUGAAUGUACAUAUUUGUGUGUUAAUACAGGAGAGUGAUUAUAUGACCACGUCCAGAGCAAAAGAAAUGACGCACUAGUUGAAGUACACUCCACCUUUGAAAAAGUUUGGAUCCAAUACGCGCAUAUCAAGAAACGAAUGGAUUUAGUCUUUACAGAGGCACUAGAGUAUGAAGCCUAUAUUGAUGUCCUAUGUAUGAUGGAGGGCUUCACCGUCCCCUACGAAGUGCUGUGGUGCCAGUGCAGGGGCAACGCCUCCGCCACUCCUCAUAUGGUCCUCAUCCACAACAAAGUGGCGCGCAUGCACGCCGACGCCCAAAGCCACGGCCUGCUCUACGUGGGCGUUGUCCUCACCCUGUACGUCGUGGGACUCAUCCUCAUCAUCAUCAAAUCCGGCAGCUCCGAGAGACACUCGGCCAUGUCAGCCAUUUCCUUCUGCUGCUCGCAAGUCGCCUCCAGCAUCACCAGAAGGAACUGAUGACGUCAUCGGUAGUCCACCCCCCCAAUCCCCUCCAGCCCCCUUCCCCCGUUUUCUUUUCUUUUAUGGGUCACUUUUCGAAAGUUUAUAUGUCGGCCUGACUGUUUAUAGCUGUCUUGGAUUAAAAGUUUUUUUUUUUAUAUACAAAGCAAACGCAUGAGUUCUUUUUUUUCAGUAGGUUGCAGUCGAAGUUUUCAGAGAAUGGCGUUUGCUUUUUUUUCUAAAUUUAAUAAGAAAAAAGGAAAGAGUUUUUAUUGUAGUUUGUAAGUUUUGUACAUAAAUAUACAUAUACACUUUAAUGCAUUAAAUUUUAAGUGUGAUUAUGUAGUUGAGGUGAUAAUUGUUCCUUUACAUAACUCCGUUUUUAUAAGACGCAAAUUGUAAAUGGUGCUUUAAUUUUAGUUAGUAUUAAAGGAAUGUAGACCAUCACACGGUGUAAAAACAAAUAUGGAAGAAUAUAUAACUUGCGUACUUGAUGUAAAACUCAGGCAACAUAAGAAAUUUGCCGAGAGCACAAAGACAGACAUUUAUUUUCUUUACAUUUCCGGGGACACCGCAGACUGCUGGAAAGGAAAACACUUUUCCCCACAAUAAUGAAAAUGACACCUUACAUUUGCAGGUGAUAUUUUCUUUAGUUCAUACUGACACCCAGGUGAUCAUUUCGUUAGAUAAGUCUCUUGAGAAUGGAUUUAAGGUCAGUGUUAGAGUUGAGAAAAAUGCAGCCAAUUGGCAAUCAGUUGAUCACUAUGCAUGGAAAAUGGCCAUGUUUGGACGAUUGAUUACAAUCCGGCCAUGUUGCAGGGGUCCCCCCAAAAAUUAAAAAAUAAAAUAAUAAAAAAGGCUCACAUGUAAAGCUAUAGCCUUGGGUGCUUUUUGUGUUUCUCAACCUCUAAACAGUGGUCACAUAGCGAAAAGGAUGAAUUUGGCUCCGAGUGUGUGAUUAUGUACAUAUGUUUUUUCUUGCAUUGUAGAUACAUUAAUCUUCUUGUUUGUGAUUUAUGUGUAAUUAAUGUAGCUGAUUUUGCUUUUACAAUGAAAUUUUUCAGAAGAAAUCGUCAGGAAUAAACGCAAUUCAAACUUUUAUUUAUUUAUUUAUUUUCAUCUCAUUAUGUACCUUGAAAACGCAUUAAAUCUUGUUCGUAAGUAUGGUUUUGUGUGCUUUUUAUUUCUCGCGUCGUUUGUAUUGAAAAACACGAAGUUAAUUAUCUUUAUAUUAUUUUUUUAAAGGAACAACAGACAUACGUUGAUUUGCUUUAUGUAGUCUAAAAUAUUAAAUAAAAAUGUGACAGAACAGUGUAAUGACAACUCAUCUGUAAACUUCUCUCUCGUAAGGAGUGGUUAUUUAUUGUUCCCUUUGUUAGUAAUUAUUUUAUUGUUCCCUUCGUAUUAUGAUAAUUAUAUUAUGGGUGUGGGCGGACGCCUUGGGGUAAAUACGAAUUUAAGACUGGUGUCUUCCCGAUUAAAUGAAAAUGACAUCUGGUAUUGAAGGAAUAAAUUUACAUCUAUCUCCAGUAUAUGCAUAUAUAAUUACAUAUAUACAUAUAUAUCAAUAUACAUACAUAAACACGAUUACUUUAGCGAACAUUGAGGCAUUAGGCAAAGGGCUUUUAAAAGGAUUAUCGGUCAUAGAAAUGCAGCUCUUUUCGAUUUUAUCGCUUUAGCCUAAAAACCGCAACUUGAACAAUCUUUUUUUUUAAUUUCCCUUUGGAACAAAUCGCACAUUCUAGCAUCUUCAUA